ACAAAGUUCACAUGUUGUCCAAGGCAACCAAGAAGCUUUACUGAACAAUUUAGUUAAAUUACCGUAUUUUAAUUGUUUACAUACCAAACAGAAUUAUCAGUGAUAAAAUAAUCCUUCCAAACAAAGAUGGGUCCUUUACCACAAGGAAGUAGAAAUCUCCAUAUCAAGGCCAGUCAAGGUCCAGAUAUUAACAUGAUGAAAUUUUACAUCACACAAAAUUCUACCACUUAUGGUAGAUACCAUGAAAAGUUUAAACCAAGAACUGGCAGACACACUGGAACUGGUUACUCUGCCAACUUCCGACCAGCCGUAUAUUACAACCAACGUCUGGAUCAAUCUGAUAACCCAACUCUAGCAGAUAUUUGUUCCAAGAACUACCACACAGUAACAGAGUUAGCAUUCCAACCAUACAAGGAAAAUAGUGGUAGAGAACCGUUACCUGGAAAUGUCCAUCAAGUGGGUUCAGGAUUUGUACGACAGAAGCCCAUCACAUUUCCUAAAGAUGCUGAUGUUAAAGGAGUAUUUAUAGAUACUAGGGCUGCAUCUGCUCCAGCCAAUAUUCUGCCGAGAUCUAAACCUUUAUUGCAUAGAAUACAAGCAAAAGAUCCGGUAGAAUUAGAAAAUGAGGGCUAUGGUCCUCAGUAUAUGUUAUCAGAGACUUCAAAGAGAUUCAGGGGAGAUCAACCAGAUAGAAUGGAUGUAUCAAUGAAGACUGUUGGUGACCCUGAGGGUACUGGAUUUACACACGCCUAUAAUGUAGAACCAAUCACAUAUUACCCAGCUGAUCCACAUAAAAAUGAUAGACCUAGAUGGCAGACACACAGACCAACAGGGAUUACUAUAAUGAAGACAGAUUUCCUUAGAUCUGAAUAUCCACAUGGAGAUGAACCAUUACCAAACCUGGCUUCAGGAUCUGAGCGAGGUACAGGAUUCACAAGAGAAAAAGCAAAACCAUUGUAUGUCCACAGAAAUCCUAUUGAUGCUUAUGAUAGAGCUGAUGAUAUUCCUGGUCUCAGAUUACAGAGAACAAAGAAAUCAGAUCCAGCUGAUUAUCUAAAUAUGACAAAUCCAAACAAUCAUUCUAGCAUUACAAAAGAUAUAUUUAAAGGUCAACAAAGGCCAAGUCAAAAUGAGGCUGAUCGACUGGAGAGAACUGGUGUAGGAAAGCAGGAGUUAUCAGGAUACAGUGAAAAUAAUGAUAGAUUUGUAGGUGUUAACGAUGAUUAUAGACGAUUUACAACUCAUUACAUGACCAGGUUCGGUCCAGAUCCAACACCUGUAGGAAAAGAUCGUGAAGGACAUACUCGUGGAGAAAUACAACGGCAAAAACCAGAUGGUUUUACCAAAAGUACAUCUGUCCAUUCUUAUGGUCAAGACAUACACACCACAGAUACUCUCAGAAGACUCGAGCCAUAUGUAGCAAGGAGUAUGAAAGCCCGUGAUGUGUUUUAUGAUGACCACACACAUGAUGCUAAGAUGAACAGGAGUUUAACAGUGUUUUGAGCAAUGAAUGAGUGAAAGAAGGUACAUUGCAGUUAUAAAUAGGACAAACUAAAUUGUUCAGUAAAAUCGUGAGUUGCUGAAAACUUACAUUUUAUAUUAUUAUGCGACUGCUUUGUUUUUUUAUCUAAUAGAUACAUGUGUCAAAUGAAUUUUAUAUUUCUAUUGAUUUUGUAUCAUUCUUGUGUCUUUUAUUUAUGGACAUCAUGAAUGAAGUACUUUACUAGUCUUAUUUAUACAGAGAUCAAAUUUAAUAUUAAAAAAAACCAUAAUAAAGUUGACAUUCUUACAGGAAUACAAUGAAGUAAUCUUAAUUAUGGUUCAAAAUAGAUUUUUGUUUACAAGACAUUGCCCCCUCAUUAAAUAAUAAUACAUGCAUUGCACACAGGUUAGUAACAUCACAUGGUUUACCUGGCUGAUUUGUGUAAACUGCAACACAAAAGAUAAUUAUUCAAAAAAUUCCUUUUUUAAUAUUUAUUUGUUGAUAAUUUAAUGAUCAACAAUUUUAGAAAGUUUAUAUGGAUGUAUAUAUUGGUCUCUUCUUUAUAUUCCUUAAAUUUAUUUGCAUAUAUGUUUAUAUACUGCAGUUAUUUAUGUGCAAUCUAAGGAAAUUUUAAUUUUACAAUAUGUUUUAUUUAAAGGGAAUGAUUAUUAAAUAUAGAAAUGCUACUUUAUUAGAAUUAAAAGAGGAUGGUUGAAAAAACAGGUUUCUUGUACUGUGUUUUUCAAACAAAGUUUUAUUUAACAUUAGACAAAUCUGGAGUGGAGUUUUACAGAAGUUGUCCAAACUAUUUGCUACAAAUUUGAACAUAAUGUCUGCUUUUUCCUGAAAUUAGUUAAAACCCUUUUAAUCCUCCUCAUUUUUUUUAACUGACAGAAAAUCUCUCAGAUUAUUAGUGAGAAUGUUUCUUUGAUUACGGUCUCAUAAACCCAACAUUUCCAUUGUAAAAGUUAUAUAUUUGGUCGAUGUUCAUUUUAUAUUUUCUUAAUCAUCAAGUUUUUGACCUACCUCUCUUCAGCAAUCCUUUUAAUAGUAUUUUCUUUGGAACUUCUGUAGUUUAGUUUUUCGUCCCUAGAGAAGUUUUUGAAAAUACAAAACAAACUAUAUUAGAAAUGUCUGAUGAAGCAUCCUUUAUAUGUUAUGUGUAUUGCUGUCAAAGAAACAGGGUGGUUUAGUUUCACUGUUUAUUGUCAUAGAAAUAGGGUAGUUUAGUUUCACUGUUUAUUGUAAAAAAAAUAGGGUGGUUUACUUUCACUGUUUGAUAUUCAUGAUAAACAAAUUUCGUAUGCUGCUUUUUGCACAAAUUUGCUGAUUUUGAAAAUAUUUUUCUAACAAGUUAUUCAAGAUUUCCCUUUUCUUAAUUAUUUGUGGAUGUUUAUAUAAAUUUCUCGUAAUUUAUAUGCUUAUGUCAGUAAGAAAUGCAAAAAAAACCCCCAAAACAGCAUGUGUAAAAACAAUAUUAUUGUAGAAGCAUCCACAUGCUUAUCAAGGGUCACGUAACAAAAUAGACUGCAAUUUUAGAUGUAUUUAGAAAUGUUUUAUCUUUUUUUGGUAUUUCAUUUACAAAUGUAUUAUAUAUUUCUCUUACAUGUAAUAUUUUAAAUCAGUAUUUGAAUUAUUUGUGAUAAUACCUUUUGCUGUUAAGUUUGUGACAUUCAAAUAAUUAUUUUUAUAAUGAUUUUAUGUAAUUCUAUUUUUAUUUUAUGUUAUUUAUACAUUGUGUGUAAUGACUUUCGUGUCAUGUGUUUAUUUGUUUAUUUGUAUCAAGUUUGAACUAUUCUGUCUGCUGUAUUUUUAAUUUUUUUCAAUUUAAAAUUUUUAUAUUCUUUUAUGCUGUUUAGUAAACUAUUGAAAACCAUGAACAGUAAAACCUUGUGUUGUAAAUUCAGAUUUGUUGAAUUAUUUCAAUGUUUCUUGCAAAAUUAAAUUUGUACCUACAUUUAUAAAUUAAGGGAUUGUACCCAUUGUAUUGUCAGGUGUGGAUUAAAGAUAAAUGUUAUAUUACUGUAUGUAUAUCAUCAAUACCUAAUGAAAAGAUUACCAAUGUUUAAUAUUGAAAAUGAAAAUAUGUUUAAUGUCAUUUGAAACAUUUAAGCAAUGUAGGUUGUAAUAUUAUAAAGUAACAACAUAAAUAAGUAAUAUUCACAUGUCAAAGUCAUGUGAUUUAUCACUUGUCAAAGUCAUGUGACAUACGGUUUUGUAUAAUGAAUCAUGAUAUGAUAAUUCGAAAAAAUUAAAAAAAAAAGGUAUCUGAAUUAUAA